AUGGCAGAUGGCAAAACAAAAACUGAAACCUUACACAAGCCUCGUGACCUGAAAGCCCCCGCACACCGGUACCCAGACUCCCAGUCGUGUACGUUUUUUUGCAUCAGGCUUGAUCUGCCAUCUACCAGGUUGAUAAUAAUAUACUAUCCAGAUGCAAUAAGCUGGAAGUUGUUUAGCUUAACAUUUGCUAGAUAUGGAAGGUUUGAUCAUGAACAUUGGUGUACUCAUAAGUCAGCACUCUGUACCUGGAACAUUGAUAGGAGAUUAAUUGAUCCAAACAAACCUGAUGCUAGUAUUGACCUCUCUAGCUGUUUGAUGUGCAUUGCAUUCCAUCCAAAACUACCCUCAGUCAUUGCUGGAGGAACCUUUAAUGGAGAGAUACAAGUGUGGGACACUGGGAGAGAGGAUGAAACUGUCAUUGCUACAUCUGGAAUGGGUUCAGACUCGCAUCGGGAACCAGUUACCAAGGUCUUGUGGAGUCUGGAUCCCAGCUCCAAAGCCAGCAAGUAUCAGAUUCUUAGCAUCAGUGGAGAUGGCAAAGUCCUGGUAUGGCAAAUGUCCCCUGGGUCACAUGACCUAAAAUUGGUCAGCGGCUUUCUUUUACAAACAGACAGUGUUCCUCGGAGCAUGCGUUUGAGUAAAGCUCGAGGUGAUGCUGAAAUGGGAGUGACCAGUAUGUCAUUUUCCCAUGAAGACCGCAACCUCUUUGUCCUGGGAUCGGAGGCUGGAGGAGUGUUCAAAUGCUCCAUGACAUCAAGAGGACCCCCACUGACAAAUACCUAUUCUUCCGUACCAUUGCGUUCUCCAGUAACAUUCGCUUUCUCCCCUCACUUUGGUCCUGUGUUCUCUGUGGACUGUUCUCCUUAUCAUAGAAAUCUCUUCCUCACAUGUGGUACAGAUGCAUCCGUCAGACUUUACUCAAUGUUACAGUCCAAGCCCCUAUUCUCGGUGGAGCCGGGAGCGGGGUACUUAUUUAGGGUCCGUUGGUCUCCAUCACGUCCCUUGGUGUUUUCCGUCGUGACUGCCGAUGGUCGCUUGCUUAUUUAUGAUUUGAAGGCCAAUCGCGUCAACCCAGUUGUCACGCUAGAAGUCACAGCGAACAAAUCGCCUGUAUAUUCACUUGAGUACAACCUUCAAAGACGUCAGACAGUAGCCACUGGUGAUUCACAAGGACGAAUCAAAAUAUGGCGGCUAAGCGACGACUUGACAACCCAGUCAGCCCGAGAAGAGGAAUUCUUAGCUGUCAUAGCGAAUGACGCGCAGACAGAAUGACAAGCAACAUACGCUAUUCCUGCAUGCUUUGACCUAUGGGUUGUCAAACGACAAGCGAAACUCGCGCAAGAGACCACGCGUGGGGGUUUAUCCGCGUCGCUCGCGUCGCGCCUCGAAUAUCCGCGCUCGCUCCACUUUUGAGUUUCGCUUUUUUUCUCGACUCUUUAGAAGAGGAAAAAAAACAGUCACAGUUUAACUGAAAGGUUAGAUUAUUCUGGAUCAAAGGACUGAGGCUUCUACUUCAGAAUCAGUUGCCUCUGGUUGAUUUUGGACGUUUACCCCUAGUCUGUGUAAAAAAGUAUGAAUGGAAACUUUGAUGUACCUUAGUUAAACAAAGCGCAAUUUCCAGAUAGGUGGGUGUGUCAAUGGCAGAUUGAUUGAUUGUGUAUGAAAGAAAUCAGUGACUGGUAGUACAUGGUAUUUAUUAAAUGUAUCUCAAGAUAAA